AUGGACGCACGAUAUUCUUUCGCAACAAGAGACGACAUCUGGCGAGUACACGAAGAAGUGAAAGAACUGUCCGCCACUCAGGCCGAGCACGCGGAACGGUUGUCAAAGCUUGAACGCAGGAAGGAAGAUGAUGCUAAGAUGAAGAGCCUCUGGAGUCCAUUUUCACCUCUCCCUUCUAGUGCCAGCCAUGGAAAUCAAGAAACUGUGUUUAAUGCAGCAGCUGAACCUUUCAAGGGGUUUGAUCAAGCCCACCACCAUGGCCUUGGGACACAUAUGAGCAUGGAGCACGAAGAUGAACCCAGGCGCGGGGCAUCGAGGGCGAACAGCGUACGUUUCGAUGAGAGUGCAAUGCACGGGUAUAAUAGCCAUGGAAACCGCUCUGCAGCCGAGCUCGCGCCCGCCCGUACGGGGAGUGGAAUGGGAGCCCACCCACUCACCGAACGAUCUUUCUCCCAUAGAUCAGACGGGAAGCAGAGUUCUUCCGGGCAAUCACACCACUCUGCACGCACAUAUAGCUUGGAAACAUCUCGAGUAGAUAGUUCCUCUACGACCACGACUCCUGCCAGUCAACUUCCUCCCCUCAGACCACCCCCUGGCCUUUUUAUCCUUGGCCCAGUCCCAUGCAUUAUUAGAUGCUGGCUCACAACUAGCUUCUCUAAUGAUUCCUUGCUCUAUGCUGCGAUUUGCACCGGUGCUUAUUCGUCUGCAGUGGCCUAUCCAUUGAUACAAAAGCUUGGAUUAGAGGGUGAUAUUACAGUGGAAGAUGGUGCACGCACCAUUAAACUACCUGUCUAUUUCCCCGAGGCCAGUGUCUGUCGGCCGUCUUCGCGCAGCUCCAGCCCCGAACCUCAUCUCCCAGCAUUGACAGUUCGAUUCUUCGUUCGUGAUAUAGACCAGGAAGACCAAAAAGCAAUUUCUAUUUUUAUCGGGAGCGACGUUCUUCGAGUCCAUAAUGCGGAUAUCCUCUUUUCUCAAGAUAAGAUGUACGUUGUUGAUGACGCGAGAAAUAGAAUUUCUAUUCCUCUGGUUCGGCCCGAGGACCACGAAUCAUUCCGAUGCCUGACGACCAUGCCACGGAAAUCAUUAUCCCAGGCUUCCAAGACCAAAGAUACCGAUGACGCCACCGCAUCAGAAGCAGAUAAUUCUUACCCAGAGCAAGCAGCAGGUGUCAUCGGUCAUCGCCCUAGCCUUAGUCAACGCCAGCCCUCGAAAUCUGUACUCUCGCUGAGGACGUCAUCCGAGUCUCUAACAGGGCGUGACAAGGACCGCUCAGCUCACGCCAUCAGCGACUCAGAGGAUAAUACCUCCGAUCUGGUUAUUCCCAAGUCCGCAACCAGUGAGAAAUCGCACAGGCCGAGUACCAAGAGCGAAGAGGGGAGUGGGCUCUGGGGCUCAUGGAGGCGCGACGCAGCUCCAACUACCUCUGCCACCAAACCGGAUCAGCCGAUAUCAUAUGUCGCCGCGUCACAGCGCCCUACAGUCAGACGUAACAUGAAAGUAUUAAAGCCCACCAAAACGCUUACACGGUCAACACCAGGAAACGGCACAACAACAACCAAUGCCCCUGGUAUGGCCCAGCUUUCUAGCACCGAGCGCCAGUCCUCCCACUCCGGAGACGGCGGCGCCUUCGGCCCCAGGUCAACGAGAUCGACGAGCGGCGAAAACGGAGAUGUCCUGAAUUCUGUACAUAACCAUUCUAGCAGACCUUUAGCAGGAGACGGUUCAUGGCCUGGGAAGUCCAGACCAAGUAACCCGAUCGGCGGAGCUUCUGCGUUCGGGUGGUUGAACACGCAACAGAAACAGAACUCCACGACUCACGCCGAAUGA